AUGGAGAGCUCACAAGAAGUGCAGCUGAGCAGUCAAAUCGAUGAGGACGGAGACCUCAUGGUUAUUGACGUGGACGUCCCCGAUGGGAUGGACAUCGAUGCUCCGCUUGCCACCGUGGGGCGCCGAGAGUGUCGGCAACCCGAAAGGCGGCAUGAAUCCAGAAAACCGGUACAAAGCGGUGUUCAGGGCCCUAAAGGUAAACCCACAAAUUCGAAGGGGGCCGGCCGUGGCGGCGAAAGCCGGCCAAUCCCGCAGGCAAGCCGGAAACGACACCAGCCCGGAACCACUCCGGCUGUGAAGGGCGCUGGAAACAAAGCGCGGAACGGCGGUCCCCAGGGCCAAAAGGGUAACAACCGGAAGGCCAAAAAGACAGGAAACACGGCUCAAACGCCGCCUGUCGUGGUUUGCAACGCCGGGCCGAGUUCCUCGGAACGCGCACCCGUGUGUGUGCAGACACUGUCUACCCUGCAGCCACCGGCAGGGGAGGUUGUCGGAAACGGUGGCUGCCGCUCUCCGACCGUGUAUUCCAUAUCGUCGGAUGACUUUAUGGACGUGGACGAAGAGGAACCUGAGCAAGUCGGGCCUGUGAGAGAAUCAAACAACAGUAUAGCACCGGGCACCGCCAGUGAGGUGGCGCUCACUGAGACGGCUGCGUUGCCGAGGGCACCCGAAGGGCACGCCCCGCAGGCUGAACGGGCCGGGAACACGCCACAAAUGCCGCCGAACUACGCUAGGCUGAAUGCCAAGUUACAGUUCCUGCACUGUGUCAUGCGUCAGAUCGAUGGACCAUGGUGUCAUUGGGUACCGGACGUCUACAAGGCAGUAGUGACGAAGUAUCAGAGGAUGCCACGAGGAGGAUGGAAAGUCCUCGCGGAAUAUGCCAACGAGCAUUUCGAAUUCCACAAGACCCACAAGGAGGUGGAGCAGAUGGCAAGACAGGUAGUCGCCAAAGCAGCGCGGAGCCAACCGACGGACGUUGGAGAAAUAGCAUCGCUGCACGACGUCGACUCAUACAACGCCCUGCAGGAGGAUUUCGACCGGAUCAUGGCACAGAGGUUGAGGGAGCCUGGUGUGAUUAGGACAGUAAAGAACAAAAGACACACCAUGGACUCCCUCGACUUCACGGCGAUAAGGUCGCUGGAUCUAGUGGUCCACAACUACGUGAAGCACAACCCAGUCACUGACAUGGGGAUGCUAGCCGUCUUGUAUCAGACGGCACAGGACUGCUACGACAAGUACAGCGCAAAACCAUCGUCGUCCUCGGGAAAGAAGGAGGCAGCUGAGAGGAGGAUCAAGGAGCUGGAGGAGAUAGGAGCAUUACUUCUGAAAUACAAGCAGAAGGUCCCCCUGGAGAAGGAGGAUAGGAAACGCGUUUAUCGCCAAAUGGACAAGUACAACAUGAUCGCGGACAAGCCGCAGGAACUGUCAUACGUGAUCAGCAGGACUCAAGAGGAGCUCCAAAAGGAGCAGGACAAACUCAAGAACGCCAAGUUCAAGAAGGAGUUGUACAACGACAACCGCAUGUUCGAGCUCUACACGGGACACUUCUACAGGACACUGGAGAACAAGCAGGACGCGGACGAGUCGGCGAUAAACGAGGGGAUGAUGAUAGAGUACUGGGCGCAAAUGUGGGUGAAGCCAAACGCACCGCACAACGGUGAAGGAUAUCUGGUCGAAAGACCACCGGCAGAGAACAAGGCAGGCUUUCCCACAUACGAGGAAUUCGUCACGAUCGUCAAGAAAUUGCGAGACUGGAAGUCGCCCGGUGCGGAUGGGAUCUACAACUACUACAUUAAAUGGCUCACGUCCCUUCACAGAGUCAUUUACAGGCUAGUAGAGGAGGCAUGCCAGCAAGGCAAAGUGCAGGACGACUGGUUCUACUGUGGGAUCACGUACCUACUACCGAAGAACAAGAAACCAAAGUCCGCCGCACAGUACAGGCCGAUCACUUGCAUGUCCAACCUAUACAAGCUAACUACCCGUUGUGCCACGGAGACGCUUAAGCGAGAAGUCGAUGGCAGGGGACUACGGUCCGAGAACCAGAUGGGCACGAGGAGCAACGUACAGGGUGCAAAGGAGCACGCGUUAGCGAACAUCGCGCUCAACGAGAAGCACAAGGGGAAGUUACUUGCAACGUGGGUCGACGUCAUGAAGGCGUACGACUCAAUCGACCACGCGUACCUGGCAAGGGUUAUCGACAACCUUAACCUACCAGGGUGGUUAUCAAACUUCAUCAAGCAGACGAUCAAGAGGUGGAAUAUAGAGAUACGGUGGAACAAGAACACAAUCAUGCACAAGAAAGUGGAGAGGGGCAUUCUCCAAGGCGACAGCCUAUCGCCCCUUCUCUUCGUGCUGUGCUUGGACCCGCUGAGCAGGCACCUGACUCGCAUCUUCCCCAAGGUGGAGUUAAGCGUGACCGGCGGCAGGAUAUUCGCCACAAACCACUUUCUCUAUAUUGACGACCUCAAGUUCUUCGCCCACGAGGAAAGUACGAUGAGAGGAAUGGGCCGAGAAGUGGAGAAGUUCUUCAACGACAUAGGACUCAGGAUCAACCGCGACAAGUCGGCAACCAACACGGAGGCGUGCGCCAGCAUCGCCAAGCAGAUGGAAGGCCCGGAAACGUACAAGUACUUGGGAGUCACAGAGACUUCAAACUCACUGACAAGCGACGGAAUGUUCGACAUAAUACUACAGGAGAUAUGCAGGAGAACGGAGCUACUGGCUGCGUCAAAGCUGUCGGGGAAAAACCUCUCGAUGGCCAUCAACCAGUACGCCCUCAGCGUCAUCAACUACUACAUCGGCGUGAUCCCUAUGGACAUCACGCAUUUCGACAAGAUCGACCUGGCAGUACGGAGAAUAAUUAACGCGAAGCACGGACACAAGAAGUGGGCGAACACACAGAGGCUCUACCUCCCCCGGAAAGAGAUGGGGAGAGGGCUCCACAGCAUGGUAUUUAGAGCGGAAGCCAUGCUGCUACGACUGUGGUUGACGCUUUCAGCAGACGAGGUGACGUCAACCAGGAGAGCUGCGAUCAUGCAGCAUUUUCGCGACACAUACGCGCACAUAUCUCACAUCAAGAUGCACCUGGAAGGAAGAUAUGGAAUGGAAUUCGGAAUGGAGGACACUACGGACAAGAGCCUCAGGGACCUCAGGGUGGCCCAAAACAAAUGGCUGUACAACAGAAUGCACGUAAAAUCAACUCAUAAGGUUCUGUAUGCCAAGCGUGAGGACCCCAAGCUGGACAUUGAGGCGUCGUCCUUGUACCUGACGUGUGGAAUACUCACUCCGGAAGAAGAAGCGAACGUAGCGGAAGUCCAGGAUAGGAAUCUGCAAUGGAUGUCUUCGUCCAAGAAAUGCACAAGAUGCAACAACGGCAAGAACGUGGAUCACCUCGCGACGAAGUGCCAGAAACUACUACACCUAGAAUAUACGAAGAGGCACAACGAGGUAGCAAAACGGGUCCACUCAGUACUCGGGAGGCAAAUAGGACUACCCAAGGAGAAGAUAGACGCCCACAAGAUCGAGAGUGAAGUACAUGGAAAAUACGGAUGGAUCGCGUACGACAAGACGGUCAAGACUCAGAAGACUAAGGAAUACAACAGGCCAGACAUCAUCCUGGCGGAUCGGCGGAGGAACACCAUAACCAUCGUGGAGAUAGGAAUCACCAAUCAAGACAACCUAGUGGAUACGGAGAAGUUCAAGAAGCAGAAGUAUGAAGACCUUAUUGAGGACCUCAAGGCGCGACAGUUUAACCAGCACACCAAGAUCAGGGUUAUCCCCUACGUUAUGACGUGGGAGGGAAUAGUGACGAAAGAACACAGCAAGUAUAGACGGGACCUGGGCAUAUCGGAUCGCAUGGAAGCCCACAUACAAAGGGUAGUGAUCCAAGAAACACAUAAAAUAGUGAUGAGGGAUAUGAAGCCGAAAGAAGACUACGAUUCCGUAGAAGACCCUCAAGCCCAAACUGGAUGGAUGCCCGCAUGGAUGGCACCAGUGACGUCCGGCAAUGGACCGGCGUGGAUCCCGCAACCGGUUUCAGCGUGA